AUGACCUAUCAACGAGCAAAACAGGAAGACCCAAGGGUUAUAAUACCUUGGUUUCAGACUGUACAGGCAGCUAUUCAAGAACACGGCAUACAUGAGAUUGAUAUCUGGAACUUCGACGAGACUGGCUUUGCAAUGGGACUCUGCUCUACUUCUAAAGCUGCCUGGUUCCAAGAACCUAAGCUUGCUAGCGAUUGGUGGAUUGCAACUAGUCAGAAUGGCUGGACGCCUGAUGAAAUAAGCCUUCUCUGGCUGAAAAAUGUCUUCGAGCCAUCUUCUAAGCGCUAUAUGACUGGUGCAAAGCGCUUGCUUAUUCUUAACGGUCAUAGCAGUCAUUUAACUGCUGAAUUUGAUGAUUUCUGCAAGCAGAAUGCAAUAAUCUGCUUCUGCAUGCCUGCCUAUACUUCUCAGCUUCUUCAACCGCUUGAUGUGGGUGUCUUUAGCCCACUUAAAAGGGCGUACGGAAAGCUUCUUGAAGAGCGUAUAGCUGCUGGCAACAAUCAUAUUGAUAAAGAAGACUUUCUAUCGCUAUAUCCAGAUGCACGCGAUAAAGUCUUUACUUCAACCAAUAUAUACAGCGGCUUUACUGGAACUGGGCUUCGGCCGUUUAAUCCAGAGCGUGUUCUCUCUGAGCUGACCUUUCAACUACGUACACCUACACUACCACUAGUUGAAGGCUCGAUUUCCUCUGCUUUCCAGACUCUGCAGAAUAGUCUUAAUGCGAAGCGGCAGCUUUCUAGCAGUCCGAUUGCUCAUAUUCAACAUCUUGAGAAAGCUGCGCAAAAGUCAAUGCAAACUACCCUUCUUUUACAGCAAGAAACCAAGGUUUUAUGA